AUGAUUACUACCAAAAUUAUUCCCUCACGUCCUUUACUGAACUCUUUCAAUGGAAUUUUGAGCAUUACCUCAGCCCGCCCGUUCUGCCAUCAAGUAACGCAGCAGUCAUCCACGAAUUCGUUACGCCACGCCAUCUUGCUUCAUCCUCCACAACAAUGUCGCUCCAUUAAGUUGGCGCGGAUCGCGCAAAAGUCACAAAAAAAUGCUUUGCAAGCUGAUAAUCAUAAGAUAUUGGAUUACGAUAGGCAACUCUUAUUUGAUUCGCAUGAUUUCAGACAACAGAGAAUUGUUUUAUGGAGAGAAUCGAUAAAACGCCCACUAAGCAAUCCACAUAUCUUUAUGGGUGUAAUGACAAUAGAGAAAGCGAUGAAUGAUUACCUCUGCCAUGGAGAAACUGCACUGCUGGAUCCAGGCAGUGACACCAGUUGGAUGCUAGUGCCUAGGAUUGGAUACAACAACAUUAAGAUAAGAGGAGCCGAAGACGUGGGUGACGUCUCUGAGCACAUCAUUAAGGUUGGCGCAGCACAGGUAGACGAAUACCUUCUAGUCAAACGCAAAUCUUGGAUGGUGCCAAAACCUGGAAAGGAACUCUCUUUCAAGGGUGGCCGCGGGGGUGCAAAACUAAUACACUUCGAGAUAGCCGAAACCGGCUCUGAUAUGGCCUCGAAGUUGGCAAGAGCUUAUCACUUCUUAGAAACAUUCAAUUUUAAGGCAGAAUUUCAUGUCCAUUUCACGAGUCGGGGUAGGUACAGCGAAUAUGAGAUGUUGGAGGAAUUACUCAAGACGCCAGGUGGCUUAGCUCUUCAUCCCCAAGUCAUCCUGAAGCAAUUGCCGGCUAUCUCCAAGGUUGAUGUAAGGCCCGUUAGUAAUGGGAGAGAACUUGUAUGGGUCGUGGGGACAGGCAAAAAGGAAUAUGACCUAGACGAAUGGAUACCGCAUGCAAAGGAUGAGAUGGCUAAAGCUGAGGGAACCAAGGUAUUCACAAUGAAAAGGGGGAGGGAGAUGAAAAAGGAUAGAACUGCGAGAUUAAUUCAAGCUGAGGAAGAGAUCGCGAGCUUAAAAGAGAAAGGCGAAUCUUUCGAGCACAUUCUCGAACAACAGAGUGAGAUUGAUACGCGUGAGGAAACUCUUAAAGCAAUGUUUAAAGAGGUGAACUUAGCGAGACGGGAGAAGAAAAAGACAUCGGACAGAGCGAGGCUUGCAGCAAGAAUUUUGUACAAAGAACGUGAACAAGUCAAGUUGGAUGGUCAUUACGAACGAAAGAUGCCGUCUAGCGAGCGUUCGGAACGAGGACAGGAGGAACCGAAAGUGGCGAGUAAGGAACAAGAGGGGCGCGAGGAGACGCGAGGAACAUUUGUGGCCUUGGGAAACGCGAUAAAGACGGAGCAAAGAGCCAUAUCCCUUUCUAGCACUAUGGAUUCCCGUUCAAAUUCGGCACAGGAAGAAGCGAUCAAGGUGGAGCCUGGGGGACCCGUCGCGGGUAGAGCUUAUAGGCGAGUAUAUUUAACCCAAGUCGAGGAGACGGUAAGGGACAGAUCAGAGAGUAAACUUCUUUCGCCUUCUGGAGAUUCUGCUCCAGAAACUAAACGGAUAAGUACGGGGAAGUUGAUAAGUAAGUAUAGUUUGCUGAAGGAACAGAAGGAGCUAGGUUUGGGGAGGAGAGGUCCCGCAUGGUCGAACUUGAGGCAUAAAGUGUAG